AUGUGGCCCUUUGCUUCCGGACAAGCUGAGCCGAAGGCAGCAGCAUUGGAACCGGUAGCACGUUCUCCCAAAGUCGAAAUCGAAAAACAAUAUGGCAACUCAUCAUCGCCGUCAACAUCGUCUGGCACCUUGAGACAAGCCGAUGUGCCAGAUGGUGCGAUUGGAUGGCCAAAUGAACGGCUCGGAAUUCCUCUCCUCUUUCGAGCACCGACAGUGGUACUCACAUCCUUCGGCUUUGGCUUCAUCUUGGGAUCGACUCAUGGCGCAAACAAGAGCGCCUACCGGUACCGUGCCGAGAACGCUCAUCGUCUCCCCACUACUCAAACUGGCUGGUUCCUAUAUCAGAAAUCGAAGAAUUACCAUGCUAUUGUUGGAGGAGUAAAAGAAGGAGUCAAACUAGGGCUUGUUUGCAUGGGGUGGGCGACACUAUUCAUGGCAACGGAAGAGAUGGUCGAUCUUUCUCGGACGCGCUUUCUGUCUCGAGGAGCCGACGAGAAGAAGACAGGCCAGAGGGAUGCAGGCAGCACCGUUGUCGCUGGUAUGGCCGUGGCAGGCAUUUACAGCUGGAAACGAGGGCUCGACCAUUUUGCCACCGUGCACACUGCAAAAACAGCCAUGAAAUUCUCGCUCAUGUAUGGUUUGGUUCAGGACAUGGCUUCGACAAUAAGAGGCAACCCUCCGGCCUACAUUACAUGGGUAAAGAAGCAAAUGUUUGGAGUGCGCGACCGUGCUGAGAUCGGCUGA